CUCCUCUGAGCCUUCAGGACUCUUCUCCCCCCAAAUUCCUCGACAAGUCCGACUCGGUCAGGUUCUGUGUAGCAACCAUGAAGUCCUUCACCCUCACCACUCUGGCCGCCCUGGCUGGCAACGCCGCCGCUCACGCGACCUUCCAGGCCCUCUGGGUCGACGGCGUCGACUACGGCGCGCAGUGUGCCCGUCUGCCCGCGUCCAACUCGCCGGUCACCGACGUGACCUCCAACGCGAUCCGCUGCAACGCCAACCCCUCGCCCGCUCGGGGCAAGUGCCCGGUCAAGGCCGGCUCGACCGUUACGGUCGAGAUGCAUCAGCAACCCGGUGACCGCUCGUGCAGCAGCGAGGCGAUCGGCGGGGCGCACUACGGCCCCGUGAUGGUGUACAUGUCCAAGGUGUCGGACGCGGCGUCGGCGGACGGGUCGUCGGGCUGGUUCAAGGUGUUCGAGGACGGCUGGGCCAAGAACCCGUCCGGCGGGUCGGGCGACGACGACUACUGGGGCACCAAGGACCUGAACUCGUGCUGCGGGAAGAUGAACGUCAAGAUCCCCGCCGACCUGCCCUCGGGCGACUACCUGCUCCGGGCCGAGGCCCUCGCGCUGCACACGGCCGGCAGCGCGGGCGGCGCCCAGUUCUACAUGACCUGCUACCAGCUCACCGUGACCGGCUCCGGCAGCGCCAGCCCGCCCACCGUCUCCUUCCCGGGCGCCUACAAGGCCACCGACCCGGGCAUCCUCGUCAACAUCCACGCCCCGCUGUCCGGCUACACCGUGCCCGGCCCGGCCGUCUACUCGGGCGGCUCCACCAAGAAGGCCGGCAGCGCCUGCACCGGCUGCGAGUCCACUUGCGCCGUCGGCUCCGGCCCCACCGCCACCGUCUCCCAGUCGCCCGGUUCCACCGCCACCUCGGCCCCCGGCGGCGGCGGCGGCUGCACCGUCCAGAAGUACCAGCAGUGCGGCGGCCAGGGCUACACCGGCUGCACCAACUGCGCGUCCGGCUCCACCUGCAGCGCGGUCUCGCCGCCCUACUACUCGCAGUGCGUCUAAGUUCCUAGGCAGGGCACCUCCUGGGUCCCUGACCCUGACCGGCAGCCUCUUAUUAUAACGACGCCUUGUCGAGGCUUGCUUAGGGCUCUCGACACUCCAAGCAUUCUUGUAUAUAGUUUCAACUUUUGCCAACUGUGAAUACAUUUCGUCGAAUGCUUCAUCAUGAGUUUCAUC